AUGUCAAAACAAGGAAAAAGAAAAAUCACUGUUGAAUUGCCCAAAACUAAAGAUUUAACUAAUAGACCUAGUGUUUUUGAGCGACUCGGUAUUAAGAAAACAUCGAGUAUAAAAAAAACAACUGAACAUUGCAGACAGUGGGCACAGCACGGUAGUUGCGCUUACGGUAAAAGCUGUAAAUUUGCUGCUACUCACACAUUGAUUAGUCCAUCUAAGCAACGGGCAGCGAACAAAGAUAGUGAGCAAAAGCGUUUAGUGAAAGACGAUGGAAAAAACAGACUGCAUUCUACCGUGGUAGUGCGUUCGGGUCGUAGUCCCGAUGGUGAAAUUGACAAUUGGGACCAACAUGACCUAGAAUAUGCGGAUACUGACGUUCUCGAAAAACGUAGAUUGCAGUUGCAACGGGAAUUAGAAUUGCAAAUGAAAAUGGACUGUGGUAAAGACAUGCGUAAAGAAAAAAAGAAAGUGGUGUCCAGCACAUCCUCGUCUCGAAGCUCUAGCUCGACUAGUAUUUCUUCUUCAUCAUCAGACGGUAGCUCGUCUUCAUCUUCUUCUGGCAGAGAUGCAAGAAGGAAAAUAAAAAAAGGAAAAUUAAAAAGGAACUCCAGUUCUUCAUCAGAUGGUGAAGGACCUAAAAAGAAAUACAUUAAAUCUGAUACAACAAAAAAGGAUAAAACUGAAAAAAAAAGUACACCCAAAAAAGACGAUAGAAUAAGAAAACAUGAUAUUAAUAAGAAAAAGUCUGCUGCAAAGCCAGUCAUUAGUAAAAAGUCUUUAUCACCGGGUAAGAAAUCUGGAGGAACUCCGCCAAUAACAACAAAAAGCCUUUCAAAAAAUAUUGCAAAACAUGGCAAAUCUCCCCAAAGAAGAGAAAGAAACAGAAGUGUUUCUCCUCAUUCUGCAAGAGAUCGAGACAAAGAGCGCGAUCGGAAUAAUAAAGACAAAGAUCGAGAUAAAGAAAGAGAUAAAGAUCGUGACAAAGACAGAGAGCGUCCUAGGGGCCGUAGUCGGUCCCCAAGGAAGGGUAGAUCCAGAUCCCCACGUCAGCACCAAAAAGAUUUACGGAAAAAAGAGAGUGCCGAUCGUAGUCGACCUGUUUCACCAAAGAAACAAGUAAGAAGAGACGGCAGCCCUGAACGUCAUCGUAAACGUUCGGCAAGCAGGGAUAGGGAUAGAGGGCGGGAUCAUAAAGAUAGAUCUUUGGAACGUAGAAAAGAAAAACACGAUGAAAAAGAUAGGUAUGACAGGAAAGACAGAGGUCGUGACAGAACUAAGGAUAACAAAAGAGAUGAUAGCAAACGUCGGGGUCGUGAUCGUGGUUUAGGUGGUAGUAGAGGUGGAUCUGAUAAAGGAUUAGAAAAACCAAACAAACCCAUGGAGAGACUAUUGCCCAGACCAGAAGAACGUCUUGCGGCUCUUGCUGCGAUAUCUAAUAGGGUUUUAGAACCUGACAAAAGUUCAAAUAAUUCCAAGGAUAGACAAGAAACUGAAAGAGGAAAUCGUAAACAGGAUAGAAUGGAAAGAGAUCGUUCAACAAAGAGAGAUAGAAUGGAAAGUAUAGACAGGGAACAAGGUGACUACGAAAUGGGUAUGGAACGUCAGUAUGAAAAUGAUCAUAAUUUAGAACACUAUGACAGAGUAGAUGACCGUUAUGAAGGUGGUCCUAGAGAAGACGAUAGGUCACCUGGAUAUAUUCAAAGCAGAGAUAGACAUUACGAUCCCGGCUAUGACAUGGCUGGCCCACCAAGAGGUUAUCCCGAAGAUGACGAUAGAAUGUACGGCGAUCAUAUGAGUGAUCAUCGUGCUGUCGAUAUGGGUUACGAUGAUAGACGACCACAUCGUGACCGUUCUUGGGAGGGUCGUUCAGGUUCCAUGGAACGAGAUAGGGGAUAUAUGCACCCUCAUAAAGAAUGGGAUAAUGAAGACUACAGAUCAACGGGAGAUUGGGGUCGUGAGCGUCACUGGCCUAUGCAUGAACCUCAGAUGAACGAGUGGGUGGAUAAGGAAGCAGAUAUGGAAGGCUGGCAUCACCGAGGUCAUCCUGGACCUCAUCGUGGGCGUGGUCAUGAAGAUUAUGGUCGUGGGGUAAGAAUGGAUAUCGGAAGAGAAGGAAAUAAACGCCGUGCUCCUAGAAAUGAACCGGAGCCACCGACUAAAGAAACGCCACCACCGUCACAGCACGCAACUGCUACAACAUCGCGCCUUGAUGCCGAUAUUGUCGACGAUAAACCCAUACCUGACGACCUUAGCGAGAUCAGUGACGACCCUGAUGAUAUUCUCAAUAGAGAAGACAUGGCAGAUCAAACUAUGGAUGAAGACAGUCAGAGUGCACAGCCAGCUGAUGAAAGUACAUCUAAGAUUGAAGGUUCUGAAAAAGAUUCAACACAGGAUACAAGUGGUAUGGGAGAAGAAAAGGAGUCUCAGGAUGCUAAAGAUGAAGAAGAUGUUGCGAACCUGGACUUUGAGGAAAUAUCGGACGGAGAGCUUGAAGAAGAGAGAACCAAAGCUGGUUUGGGUGACGCUUUAGGAGUAGAUUGGGCAAGUUUAGUCGCAGACGUACAUCGCCGUGAACAACCUGCACCAACCGGAGGGGCACGCGAUCGUUGGAGACCUGAAAGAGUAUUAGCGCGUCUAGGGCUUUCUCUGAAUAUGGCUGGAAAAGAUACAGUACAAGAAAUUUUACAAAAGAAUGUACAAUCUGAAAAUAAAGUACAAGAGAAAGAACCAGAUAGUACUGAAAAUGAGUCUUUCGAAAAAAACGGUAAACAUGAUACUAAUCAUGUUGGAGAAGUAGAACCAGCUAUAGAUGUAGACUCUUUACAUCCUGUUGCAGCUAUUCAGGUUGCUAUGCAAAAAAGGAAAAAGCAACGGGCCGUUUUGUUUGGAUCUGGAUGUGAAAUUACUCGCGGACUGAGCGCAAGACGUGAUCUGGCGCUUCGGCGAUAUCUAUGUCAUUUACCAGUUGCAGAACGCACUGGCCAAUCUCGAGUAACACCACAGCCUUCGUUAUUCCAUGCUGCUAGGGCGUUACUAAUGCAAGCUCCAGUGUCUGGCUGA